AUGGGAGACGACUGCUACAUAGUCAUCUGCAACCCCCUACAUUAUUGAGCCAUCAUGGGCAAAAAGACUUGUAUACAAUUGGCAAGUGGGUCCUGGAGCAUUGGCCUGAGCACAGCCAUCAUACAACUGUCUUCUGUGUUCAGUCUUCCUUUCUGCAAUGUUAAUGUCAUCUACCGUUUUUGUUUUUUGUGUGACAUCCAACCCCCAAUGAAGCUUGCUUAUGCUGAUGCUACCAUCAAAGAAUUUAUCACUUUGCUCAUCAGUCUGUGUGUCCUUGUUCUGCCCAUGGCAUUGAUAUUUAUCUCUUAUGUCCAGAUUGUCACCACCAUCCUCAAGUUUGCAUUUGCUGAGGGUUGGAAAAAGGCCUUUGCCACUUGUGCCUCACAUCUCACAGGGGUCAUUGUCCAACAUGGCUGUACCUCCUUCAUUUACUUAAAACCCAAAUCCCAAAAUUCCCUGCAGGAUAGACUCAUCUCUGUGACCUACACUGUCAUCACCCCCCUACUAAACCCUGUUUUAUACAGCCUAAGAAACAAAGAGGUCAAGGAUGCCUUGCUCAGAGUUUUGGCAGAAAGCCCCUCCCUUAGGUGCUGA